AGUAACAGUCAAGACAUCGUUAAGCGUAGAAGUAGAAAGUAGACAUUAAUAACCUAUUUUACAUCGCACUGAUUUUCCUGGGAAUCCUAUGUUUUUAUUUUUAUUUAUGGCAAAUUUUGAUUGUGUCAUAUGUUUUCCAAUUCCAAUAAUAAGACUAAUUCAAGUGUAAAACUCUAUUAAACAUAAGGAUAGUAUAAUGGAAGUGCUGUAUUUUAAGUAUAACACACAGGAUGACAUUAAGUUUAUUGAUGUUACAGACAGUAUGACUACAUCUAAGGAACAUUUUGUAGAUCAUAUUAAAGAAACUUUUGUACCUAGGUUAAAUGGAUCCUUUUAUAGGAUCCAAGCUAGCAAUGGUGCCAUACAAUUGUUGGAAAAGCAUUUAUACAUGAAUUCAGAGCAAACUGAAGCAGCUCAAAAUUUGGUUAUCGAACUGUACAGGUGUUUAAGAAAUUGUGUAACAAACAAGUCAACGCAAGAUUAUGUAGCUGAACAGACCAACAUUUUAGCAUUUACAAAAACUUACAUUCAAAAAUUAGAUCAACACAAUGUAUGCCUAAAAAUCAUAUUGCAGUUUUUAACAAACUUAAUAUCGUCAAAUCCCGAAGUAACUAGAAAAGUACAUACAAAUUUUUCAGACGUAUUUAGUAAAAUAAUAGAAAACAAGCUGUGUUUGUAUGAAAGUGCAGCACUUAUUUAUUAUUCAGCAUUAGUAGUACCACCAGAUUUAAAUUCAAUCAAGUGUAUGUUCCAAUUAGAUGAAAAGGAUAAUGAAAUCGAAUAUGUCUUAUUCUUUUUUGACAAAUGUAUUACUUAUAAUGUUUGUUGGGAAUUAUACAACAGUUUUGAAAUUAGGCAUAAAAUAAUUAUAUUAGAAACAUUAAGGUUACACCAGAUUAAAAAAAUACAACAUUUCCUACCGGAUUUAGGAAUUGAUACAAUCGUAAGUGGCUUUUUAAAGAGUCCAGAUAUAUUUUUUAAAAUAAACACAGACACUGCCCAACAGGAAGUUAGAAUAGUAUCGUUACUGUUGUCAAUUAUAUCCUCAUGUUCUAGUAUAGAUGAAUAUAUUGUGAAAUUACAACGGAAUAAAAAUAUUUUAGUAACGGCAGCAGCAUUGCUGAUCAAUUUUCACAAAUUAGGUAAGGAAGGUGAUAAUAUGUUUAAGCCUAUACAGAAAUUAUCUUACAGUCAAGGAGAUGAAACUGAGAAUCCUGUGUUUGGACUGAAGGCUGAUUUGAUUCAGCUGAUUGGAAAUUUGUGUUGGAAAAAUAAUGAAAUGCAAAAUUUGGCACGUGAAGCAGAGAUAAUUCCAGUUAUUUUAGAUUGCUGUAAUAUGGAUGCUAACAAUCCUUUUAUCAUACAAUGGUGUAUCUUUGCUAUCAGAAACUUUUGUGAGAAUAAUCCAGAAAAUCAGAAAUUUAUUGCAGGACUACACAAAAAAGGAACUGUAUCAUCCAGUGUUUUAGAAUCGUUCGGAAUUACACUUCACGGUGACGGAGACAGCAAGCUUAAGAUUGUUCCCCUAGAUGCUUUAAAAAACCAAGGAGAGUAAAUUUGAUAAUCAUUUUAUGUACAUAAAAUAAAUCGGUAUCACUUUUUUAUAUUUUUUACAAGUUUUGUUAAAAAUUGUUACAUAUUAUGAAAUAUACUUUUGGUGUUAAAACCA